AUGGAUAGGUUAGGUCAAUCAAAUGGUAGUGAAUUUGACCGCCGAAGUGGCCCGAUUUUCAGUUCUGGGAACAGCGAUAACAAUUUACAUGGUGGAUGUAUGACUGCGUACAAUGUUCUCAUCAUCGUGGAGAAAAGAGGAGGGUGCCGCAAGAACGUUUAUGCGUACCCCUUUGCACCUGGUACCUCUCGGGCCCAUCUCUUAUUAUCUAUACAAACGAACGCAUCAGCGAAAUUUCAACCCUAUGAACGAAGAACAGCACCCAUUUCGCUGAAAAUAGGUCAAUUUUUGGGAUUUUCGAACGGCAAUAGCAAAUAUAGAAAGCAGGCGCACUCUUCUCCGAUGCAAUUAAGUUUCACCAUUCUCGAUCCUUCUCAGUGGGUAGUACGGUGA